GAGCCCCGCCUCCUCUCCCAGCCCCAGCCGCAUCCACACGCAGCGCUGCCGGAGAGGCCAUUGGGCUGGAGCCCGGAACGCGCCCUCAGCCUGGAGCUCCUGAUCCGCUCCUGAUCCGCUCCUGCUCUGCUUCUGUUCCGGCCUGGAAACCCAACUUUACCGCAGUCUGAGCGCUUCUCCUGCUUCAGAACCGGUCCAGCCCGAACCGCUGCUGCUCCAGACCGACAGAACCAGGAGAAAAUCGGGAUUCCGGCCUGAAAACGGAGCUUUUUAUCAGCAUGAUCCGCUCCUGCGCUUCACGGAAUAACGCUGUAUCAACAGCCUUCCGUUAUUAUGGCGGAUUAACGAGCUGUCAUCGGAGUUGUUCUCAGUGAGGGACGCUUAUAAUAAUAUAAAUAUUGUUUUUAUUGUUAUUAUAAUUUACAGUGAUCUGUAUUUACAGUAGUAACCCUAUACAGCAGAUAUGAGGCUUCAAGGGGCAUCCAGAUGGAAACAUGGAAACAUUAUAACUAUUAAAUGGGUCAUCAGGCUUUGAUCUAGACCUCUUCUUCAGCUCUUUAUCUCCAUCCUCCUGCGCUUCUACAGCGGGUUAGAUCAUUCUCUGGACUCUAAACUGGCCUGGGUCUGGUUUCUUCGCUCUCUGGGAGAAUACAGCUGUUAUUAUUAGAUAAAAUGAGCGCUCAGGUCACGGGAAGGAAGAGGAUUCCCAACAGGGAGAAGCUGACGGCGGAGGAUGAUGCUCUGAGUCAGAUAGCCCGCGAGGCGGAGGCGAGACUGGCGGCUAAACGAGCGGCUCGGGCUGAAGCUCGGGAGAUCCGUAUGAAGGAGCUGGAGAGACAGCAGAAGGAGAUUUAUCAGGCUCAGAAGAAAUAUUAUGGGCUGGACAGCAAAUGGGGCCAUAUUGAGCAGUGGAUGGAGGACAGUGAGCGGUACUCUCGCCACUCACGAAGACACGCCUCGAUAUCAGACGAUGAGGAGCGGAUGUCUGUUGGAAGUCGAGGAAGUUUAAGGGGAAACUACUCGGACCUGUGCAGCAGCACCGGCAGCCUGCCCUCAUCCAGACUUCAAAAUGGCCGGCCCUCUGCACUUUUUAGUGAUGCUCCUCGCUCGAGAAGCCACAGGGGUUCUGUAUAUGAAGAGAAUGUGCACUCUGGUGCUCGGCGGUUCAGUGGCUCCAGCACUCGCGGCCCCUCGGACUACAGCGGCUUUCUGGGCUCCGGUUCCAGAGCCUCGUCCAGGGCCAGCUCAGCCCGAGCCAGCCCGGUGGUGGAGGAGCGGUCAGACUUCCUGGAGAAGGGCUCCAGAACAGCUUCUACUCUCUCUGCUGCUACUCUAGCGUCGCUGGGAGGGGGUUUAUCUCGGAGGGGCAGCUGUGAUACAUCAAUCUCUGCUGAUACAGAAGCUUCCAUACGAGAAAUAAAGGACUCUCUGGUCGAGGUUGAGGAGAAGUACAGGAAGGCCAUGGUGUCCAACGCUCAGCUGGACAACGAGAAGUCCAACCUGAUGUACCAGGUGGACACGCUGAGGGACACACUGAUGGAGCUGGAGGAGCUCCUGUACGAGACCCGCAGGGAGUGUGAGGAGAAGUCCAGGGAGUAUGAACGAGAGCGACAUGCUCAUAGCAUCCUGCAGUUCCAGUUUAACGAGAUGAAGGAGACGUUAAAACAGAGCGAGGAGCUACUAACGGACGCUCAGCACUUGCAUAUGAAGCAGGACGGAUAUGUUAGAGAGAUUUCAGACCUGCAGGAAACGCUGGAGUGGAAGGAGAAAAAGAUCGGGGCCUUAGAGAGGCAGAAGGACUAUUCAGAUAUUAUCCGAGAUGAGCGGGAUGCGCUGAAGGAUGAGGUGUUCCGGCUCAGAGAUGCUCUGAAGAAACAUGGCAUCGUUAUCGGAUCUGAGGUGACGACGAACGGCGAGACGGGAGGAAACGGGAUAGACGGACCUGAGAACGAAGAAUCUGCGUCCAGAUUGGCUCAGGAAGCUCACACACCUGUAACGAGUGGAGACAGCAUGCUGGAGAGAUCUCCAGACGGACGAGGCUCUGAGGUGGACAGCAGGACGUCUGGGAAGACUUUGAGACAGAGCGUGGCGUCUCAAAAGUCCUGUUCAUCAAUUCCUAGAAGGAGAAUUAGAGUGGAGACGAGAGAAUCAGUAGCAUCAUUAGGGACAUCGAUGGCGACGCCAAUGAAGAGCUUAAAUGACAUCAAACCAACAGAGAAGAGAAUCUUUGAGAAAAUCCAAGAAGUUCCUCAAAUAAACCAUAAGAACCCCAAAGUUGGAGAGUCAUUAGAAGCUAAAUAUGUUCCAGAAGCCUUUAAACAUGAGAUAAAGUACCAAGACAAGGAGAACCCUGACCAUAAGUCCAUUUCUGUUGAUAUUAAUGCAGAAGCUGUUAAAGAAAAGGAAGCAAAAACUGCAGAACAAACUCUGGAGAAGCAUUUCAUCAUGAUAGAAGAAGAACAUUAUGAAGAACCACUUUUAGAACAUAAAACACAAGAAGAUAACCAAAUAGAGACGACCACAGGUCUUCUAAAUGAAGAUCUAAACGUCUUAAAGCUCAUAAAGGAUCCCCAGACCAUCACAACCCAAGAUCACUCAAAUUUAGCCAAUCAAAACCCAAGGAAACAAGAGCGAAAUGAAAUUGAGAUGCCAGGAACCAGCCACAGCCAAUGUCAAGACCUCAUUAACCCCCUUAAACUGGAUGACGUGACUCUCAGCAGCUCCUCGUUAGAGAUUUAUUCCUGGACCAGUGAGGAAGAAGACUCUGAAACUGAGCCAGAACUUGAGCUGGAGGACAUUCAGGGCUGUAGAGUGGCCGUUCCGGUGGAGGAGACGGGCAUCGCGGUGUUUUUAGACAGCUGUGAAGAAGCUGGAAACGUGGACUUUGAGGUUUUUGUACGGGAGCGGGCGUACGUGCAUCAGAAAGAGACGGAAACCCAAGAAAAAAGGCUGAAAUCCAGGAGAAAACAUGACUGCAGUGUUUCAUAAUUUACAAAAAAAGUGUUGCAUUAAAUGCUUUAGAAAUGAUUUAUUUGCAGUAAACUGUUUGCUACUGGCAUUGAUAUCUGCAUACCUAAUUAAAAGGUACUAGUACUAAAUACAAUUACACGGGUGUACGUGUAAUUUGAUACUUGUUUAAUAUUUGCAUUGAUAUUUGCAUACCUCAUUAAAAGGUACUAACACUAAAUACAAUUACAACACAUUGCAUUAAUACCUAUCACAUGUUAUUGCUUAUGUAAUAUUAAUCACAAGAACCAAAGCUUAUAAGUAUAAACAAUAAAGAACUUAAAGAAGAACCAAAUGCAACCAAAUAAAUGACUUCAAAAACAUGUAUUUUGAAAUGUGUUGUAAAAUAGUCCUAAUAUUACAUAUGAAUUAAUGAAUUGUACCAUGUUGUUUUUUUGUCUCAAAAAUUAAAUGUGCAGAAGUAUUUGAUAUACUGAAUAUAUUAUAAACAAUAGAUUGAAUUAAUAUUGAGUAAUUGAGUUCACAAUAAAUAGCAUAAACAGCCCAUUGACAUUGUUUGCUUGACCAUAUUGAGAUAUGUGGUUCAGCAGCUUUGUAGAAUAAUGUUAUUAGUGAAAAUUAUGAAAAAUUAUUGAGUUAAAUUGAGGUUGAAGAUGGUUAAAGAGUCACUCUGGCCUAAAACAAGCAUUUUGUUUAAUUGUUUUUAAUGUGUAAUUAUUCAUGUUGUGUAAUAUUCUGUAUAUUACCAUCUUAUGUUUUCUUCAGUUUUUGUUCACUAGUGUUGUUUCACUACGUUACCCAACAUGCCUUGUGCGAUAUACUUCAUACUUCAUACUACAUACACCGAUAUAAUAAAUACUUAAUACAAACAGAUAUAAUAAAUAUCUCAUACAAAAUGAUGUAAAUAAAUGUGGUCCCACUUUAUAAUAGGUGUCUUUAAUAACUGCAGCUACAUGUUAUCAAUCCAUAUAAAAACAAGCUGGUGUUUACCAUAAAUAACAUCUUAAUAUCUGGUGAAGUACCCAUUGUUACAGAUUUAUUACAGUGGUACAGGUUAUAUAUAUAUAUAAUGUAAAUAGCUAAAUAUAUUAUAACCAUGAUAAAAUCUACUAUAUAAUGGGUAAUAUUGCAUCUGCUAUGAAAAAAAAAACAAAAACAAUAUAUUGCCCAGCUCAUACUCAUUGAUGCAGCGAACUGAACGUUCCUGUACUGCUGCUAGAGUCAGGUGAAUAGAAAUACUGUAAUGUGUCAGUGGGUCACUAAUAAUGUAAUUAAGAGUUAUUCAGAGGUCCGAUUAAAAAAUAAAUGUGGGCCAAUAUGUUUUUCUUAAAGGCCCUGGAAGAUUAGUGCAACAUUUUGUAUGCUGGAUUUUGUACCAUUUCUGCUUGUUGACUGGAGCUGAAAAGCUUAAAUGGCAAAAGAAUAAAGGGAGAAAAUAGGGGUGUUCUUAAACAUUUCCCUAGUAAAUAUAUAUCUAUAUUCUGCUAUUAUUUAUCAACACACACACACACAUAUAUUAGGAGAACUGAAGCUGGUGUGUGUGUGUGUGU